CCCUCUGCGGCCUUCCAAGGAAGGCCCUGCGUCCUGGGCCUACUCCAGAAGCCCCGGCUCCUCCUCGAGAAAAGGCUCAGGAUGUGGCCUCUUCCCCAGACUUCCUAUUUUCUCCAUUCCCGGCGUGCGAAGAAGCUCCUGGCCUAGGGUUCAGCCCCGAUGGAGGCUGAGGAGCCCCGACGCGGGGGAGCAUCAGCUCCCACCCCUGCUGCAGCGGAAUUCACCGUCACCCCUGGAGCUCUCAUGAGAACCGGCCAGACCCCCGCCGUGGGGCCCGCAGCUCAGGAGGGCCAGGAGCCGUCCCGCAAGUGGGCAGAGGGGCACCGACUCGUGGAGACCCAGCAGGCGGAUGUAAGAGAUGUGGCUGACUGCGGGACGCAUAGCGUGACCUGCUACCCCAAGGAAGGCCCUGCGGAUGUGGGAACCAGCCAGGAAAACCUUGCGGCUGAGGCCGGGGCCACUCCAGAGUGCCAGGAGGCAGUGCCCCAGAGCCCGGCAGCCAGCCAGCCAAGGACUGCAGCUCCCCUGGAGUGCCGGGCCGGCCCUGGCCGGGGGGAGCAUCUGCCCAAGGUCCCGGUACCCAGCAAACUGAGCAGCACUUUGGAGGAGGAGUCGAGACCCGAGCUCCCUGCUUUGACGCUGGGGACUGGACACGCAGAGGCGGAUGAGGAGACUUCCCCACGUGGCCCUGCUCAGGCCGUGGGUCCGCUUUCCCGUGAAGAGCACCCUGCAGAGACCAGCCUGCUGCUGGGCUCCCUGGGUGGGACCGUCAGGCAGGGGAAAGAGCUGCAGGGGGCUGAGGGACCAGGGGAGCAGGGACAAGAGCAAGUGGGGUAUCGAGAGGGGGAGCCUCUUCCGGAAGCUGUGUGCUCUGUCGGGCUUCCUGGGGAGCAGGAACAGGUGGGGGAGCAGGUGAAUGGUAUGGAGGGAAGACAGAAGCAAAAACAGGAGCAGAUGCAAGAUGACGCCAUGCCUUUGAAACAAGGAGAAAGGGAGGGGCUUAAGGCAGAAUUGGGGGGUCUGCAUUGUGAUGAGUGGCAGGGGGGCGCUCGGGGCCAGGAAGACCUGGAGGUGGGCGGACAGAGGAAGAGGGAGUUCAGGGGCCCAGAAGAGGGGAGGGUGGAUGCUCAGGACCAGGAGGAUCAAAGCUCAGUGGGGAGAUCAGUGCGUGUACCUGGACGGCGAGGGCAUCAGGGUCUGCCAGGGGAGCUGAUGCUGGAGGAGGAGGAAGCGAAGGAAGGGGUGGAGGAGGAGGAGGAGGAGUUGGAAGACUGGGAUGGCGCCGCACUGUGGGGAGAGGAGGCAGAGAGGAGCAUGGAAGAGGGAGAGGAGCCGGACGGGCCCCCCGCCCUGGCUCUGGCAGCCCCCGAGUCCUCUUCCCCCCGUGGUGACCCGCUUCCAGACGCCUGCCAAGCCACACCCAGGGCUCCUGGGACUCAGACAGAGCCUCCGGCUGAGCGACCGCGUCCCGUAGCUCUGACUCCUGCCCUGGUGCCCAUGGGAUGUCCCUGUCGGCCCAUUUCUUCACGUAGCUCCUCUUCCACUGCGGGGUCACCUGGCCAAGAAACAGCAGCUCAGGACAGCCAGCCAGAGGGAACCAAGCUGGGGACCAGGGCAGCAUCCAGCAGGGGCGCCGAGGUGGCCUCUGACAGCACGCCUGAGACUCCUCCGAGGACACCAGAUUCGGCGCCUGUCACGCCUGCGGCCGCCUCCGCCAGCACCGCUGCCUCCUCAUCUGCCAGCUCUCCAAUCGCCAUCCCCAGGAAGAAGGCCUCUCGUGCUUCGUGUUCUCCAGGAGCUUCCAGAGCCUCCUCGAUUGGCAGCCCAUCACCCAGUGGGGCUCCCGAGAUUCUCUCAGCCGCCCUCCUGGGCUCCCCGUCCGCAGGGGCCACGGUGGACCCCUGUGGCAGCUCCGACGGCGCCAGCCCCCAGAGCCCCCGGGCCAGCUUCCCAGGGGCCUUCCCCCACCUGAGGAGCAACUCCUUCCCGGGCUUCCAGAGGACCCAGCUGACUCCGGACCUGGAGGGAAUAUCCCUCUCCUUCUCGCAUUCAGAGCUGCCCCAGAGGCCCCCCAAGCCUGCCAUCUUUGGCUCUGUGAUCUCAAGAAGGGACAGGAAAAGCAGUUGGCACUGCAGCGUUAUUCCAGAAGCCCUCAGCUCCUUGUCUGCUCUGGGGCAGGACCCGCGAGAAUUCACCUCCAGUCCAGACAGGCCCAGCAGUCCCCGCAGCCGCCAGCCGUGGGGCUCCCCCCAUGCGGCAGCCUUUGCCCCAGGGUCCCCUGCCUAUGGCUCUUCGCCCCCCCUGGCCUUUGCAGGCCUGCGGCUCCACGAGCCCCCACCCCCGGCUCUCCCGGAGAAGCGGCACGCCCGCUCCCCCACGGCGGAGACAGACGGCCACCGUGGCGGGGCGGUCCCCACACUGAGGCAGUGCAGCUGCUCUCCUCCGUCCGCCCCAAGUCCGGGGCCGCGUGUUCCCCGCAGAGGCCCACUGCCCGAAGUCCCUGACCCCGCUGUGGCAAGGCAGUACCGGCCGCUGCCCUCUACCCCAGACCAGGCCCCCCCGCCUCAGACCUCUUUCUCCAGGAGGCCGAGAUACAACAAGCCAUUGCCCCCAACCCCUGACUCCUUCCAGGCCCGCCAUUCUCUCCCUCCUGAUAACAGCCCGAGGGUCUACCGGCCCCCUCGCCCUGCCCUCCUCGCAGAGCCUCUCUCCGAUCCACCCCCGCUGCCCCCGAAGUCCCGGGGCAGGACCAAGAGCGUCCAGGAAGCGCUCAUGAAUUCAGGGGGCCAAGCCAAGCCGAGGCCCGUCAGUCAAGAGUGGACAGUCUCUGGCCCUCACGGUGCUGGACGGACCUCCUGGCCACCAGCCAUGGGCCGGUCGACAGACUCAUCAGCUCCCCCCAGCAGGAGUAAGAGGGAAGUGUCGCCCGGCAUGGCUUUCAGCAACGUGACGGGCCUUCUGAGUCCCUCUUCCCCAACCACCCCCUGGACCCUGGGGGGCCAGGGGCCCGCCUCUGAGCCAGGGCUCUCAGGAGUGGCAGAGGCCCCCACCAGAGGCUCUCUGAGAAGAGGAGCCCCUCAGGAAGGAGCCAACGGCCUGAAGAGGUCGGAUCUAGGUCAAGUGAGGCAGCCCGAAAAACCCGGCCACCCCCACCUGGAGAAGGCGUCCAGCUGGCCCCACAGGGGGGACCCGGGGAGACCGCCGCAGGACAGCGGCGGACAGACCGAGGCCUCUGCUGAGGCCUCGAAUAAGCCCAAGGUCUGGCAUCGGCAGGGCCUGCGCAGGCCGUCCAUCUUACCCGAGGGCACUCCAGAUACAAGAGGCCCAGCCAUGGAAAGGUCCUUCGGCUCUUCAGACACCAUCGUUUUUCGGGAGAAGAAGCCAAAGGAGAUGAUGGGAGGCUUCUCAAGACGCUGCUCAAAGCUCAUCAACUCCUCCCAGCUGCUGUACCAGGAAUACAGCGAUGUGGUUCUGAACAAGGAGAUUCAGAGCCAGCAGCGGCUGGACGGCCUGGCAGAGGCCUCUGGGCUCGCCUCCCCGCGGCAGCCCCGGAAGACCCUGGUGGCCUCAGAGUCGUACCUGCAGCGCCUGUCCAUGGCCUCCAGGAGCUCCCUGUGGCAGGAGAUCCCUAUGGUGCGCAACAGCACCGUGCUGCUCUCCAUGACCCACGAAAACCAAAAGCUGCAAGAGGUCAAAUUUGAGCUGAUCGUGUCAGAGGCCUCGUACCUGCGCAGCCUGAACAUAGCUGUGGACCAUUUCCAGCUCUCAAGGCAGCUCCGGGCCACCCUCACCAACCAGGAACACCAGUGGCUCUUCUCUCGGUUACAGGACGUGCGUGACGUCAGCUCCACGUUCCUUUCAGACCUGGAGGAGAACUUGGAGAGCGACCUCUUCACCUUCCACGUGUGCGAUGUGGUCCUGAACCAUGCCUCCCACUUCCGCCGGGUCUACCUGCCUUAUGUCACCAACCAGACCUACCAGGAACGCACCUUCCAAAAUCUGCUGAACACGAACAGCAGUUUCCGCGAGGUCCUGGAGAAGCUGGAGAGCGACCCCGUCUGCCAGCGCCUGUCCCUCAAGUCCUUUCUGAUCCUGCCUUUCCAGCGCAUCACCCGCCUCAAACUGCUGCUGCAGAACAUUCUGAAGAGGACGCAGCCGGGCUCCUCAGAGGAAGCAGAGGCCACGAAGGCGCACCACGCCCUGGAGGAGCUGAUCCGAGACUGCAACAGCAACGUCCAGAGGAUGCGCCACACGGAGGAGCUCAUCUACCUGAGCCAGAGGAUUGAGUUCGAGUGCAAGAUCUUCCCGCUCAUUUCGCAGUCACGCUGGCUGGUGAAGAGCGGCGAGCUGACGGACCUGGAGUUCAGCAUCUCCCCGGGGCUGCGAAGGAAACUGAACACGCGGCCAGUGCACCUGCAUCUCUUCAAUGACUGUCUGCUGCUGUCUCGGCCCCGAGAGGGCAGCCGGUUCCUGGUGUUUGACCACGCGCCCUUCUCCGCCGUCCGGGGGGAGAAGUGUGAGAUGAAGCUGCACGGACCUCACAAGAACCUCUUCCGACUCUUCCUGCUGCACAACACCCAGGGCACCCAGUCCGAGUUCCUCUUCAGCACGGAGACUCAAAGUGAAAAGCUCCGAUGGAUCUCGGCCUUGGCCAUGCCCGGAGAGGAGCUGGACCUUCUGGAGUGUUGUGACUCCCCGCAAGUGCAGUGCCUGCGAGCCUACAAACCCCGGGAGAACGACGAGCUGGCCCUGGAGAAGGCGGAUGUGGUCAUGGUGACCCAGCAGAGCAACGAUGGCUGGCUGGAGGGCAUGAGGCUCUCCGACGGGGAGCGAGGCUGGUUUCCCAUGCAGCAGGUGGAGUUUAUCUCCAACCCGGAGGUCCGCGCGCGGAACCUGAAGGAAGCCCACCGAGUCAAGACAGCCAAACUACAGCUGGUGGAACAGCAGACCUAGCUCUCCUCGGGCAGGACUCCUCCAAGCCUCGGGACGAGGUGUCCUUGGAGUGGGCUGGCCCCCACCACCCUGCAGCAGACACCUGCCGUGGGCCGGGAACUAGACCCUCUGAGAGCCCAAGCACGAAAUCCAGCUACCGGCUGCCGCUCCCGGACCUCCUUGCUUGUGCUUUGUGCUCGGUUGGGGACCUUGAGGGGCUUUGCACUGGACCCUGGGAACCUUUGCUCAUAGGAAAAGGGACCAAUGGGCGUACGCCAAAGAAUUCGACUGCCUGUACCAUACAGUGCCCGACACUCUGCCUCCAGGCAGCAGGUUCAGAGCUGACCAGAGUGUCCUUUGUGGCCACACGUCCAACAGGACCUGACCUCGGCCCACUGGAGGGCGAUGUUUAAGGGGGAUUAACACGUCGGGUGGGAGGGCCCACCCGGCGGCCCCUAAGGUACCUUCCAGCCCUACUGAUUUUCCGUAAUCGUCGCUCCGAGGUCAGCGCAUGCCUCUGCGGGCUCUGCUGGUGGCAAUGUGAGGGCGGUACUCUCUCACGCUAAUAAACUUGGCACUACUCCGAGUGUUUGCUCCUCAGACUCUUGAGCACUGAACCAGGUUCAGAGCGCGGAGUCCCGUGAGGCUUCCCGGCUGUUUGAUUCAGGGCAGGAAAGACCAAGGUGGAACCUAGGUCAUGCGCUUGUCAUAGGUCAUGGUGUCUGUGACCUCCCGCUUCACGACUCCCAAGAAUUUAGGCAGUGUCUCUGCUUAGUAUGGCCUGAGAGGUUGGUUGUGUGAGAAGUUAGGAGGAAUUGAUGAGUAAUGCAAACCCUAUUCGAACUUUCUUUUUUACUGAACUUGAAGGUACAGGCUAGUAUGGGUGGAUUUGGAGAUCCUACUCAAGACUACUCAUGAUUUUAUGUAUUGUUUUUAAAGAUUUUAUUUAUUUAUUUUUAGAGAAAGAGAGGGAGAGAAACAUGAAUGCGUGGUUGCCUCUUGCAUGCCCCCAACUUGGGACCUGGCCUGCAACCCAGGCAUGUGCUCUAACUAGGAAUCGAACCAGGGACCCUUUGGUUUGCAGGCCUGCGCUCCAUCCACUGAGCCACGCCAGCCAGGGCCAAUUUUAUAUUUUGACUUGAAUUAAUGUGACAGUAUCUGCCCAGCUGUUUGAUCCUGUCUGUCAGUGAAAAGCAGCACGCUGUACUGGAGAGAGUCCUAGCAUCCUGCAGGCAAGAGACCCAUCAUCCAGUUUCGGCCCACCAUGACUCAGCCCGCCCAUCUCUCCCUUCCCUUGACUGAGAAAUGCGAGAUCGGACCAAGGGACGGCUCAAGGCCUGGCCGGCCCCACUGUGUGUGAUUAUCUCUGUCCAGUCAGAUCGCCCUCCUCCGUGGGAGAGCAUCACCCUCUAUGUUCUUUCCCCGUAUGGGGCCCUCACACAGCAGUGGUGUAGCUGUCGCUUAAGCUGGGCCAUUCGAGUCCUUUCCUGGACCUUUACCUGUGCCUUACCUUUAGGCGGGCUCAAAAGUAAAACUGCGUUGUAGCUUCACACACAGGUGAGAACGAUACCGCAGACGUGGUCCUGUCCCCAGUUAGCGAUGGCAUGACAGGGCGGUGUUACGUGUGAUGGCCCAUGUCGUUUUCGGUCCAUCCCCAAAUGUAAGCUCGCUUGAUUUUUAGGAAGGUUACCACCAUCGUCAUUAAGGUGGGACUAAUAUUAAUUUACCCUAAACAGGUUGACACUGCUCAACAGUCUAAAACGGGAUGGUUUAGGAAGGUUCUAAUGGAGUUUUUCACCAUUUUCAUAAAGUCAGCUUCUUAUUAAUAUACGCUAUAUUAAUAUGUGUAUAUUAUAUGUAAAGUAACAACUGUUUUUUCUUAACAGCAGAAACAGUAAUUAUAGUCCAAGUUAUUUGUUUAAACUGGUAUUUGAAUACUGGCCAUGUGACUCAAACUGGGCCAUGUCCAACCUUAUAUUUUCCAGGCAAAUCUCAGUUAAAAGACAAUGGGCUCUUUCUACCUGUCAUUAGGCCCUUGGUUUUAAAAACAAGAAACGAAAACAAAAAAACAAACUAACAAAACUUAGACACGAGUAAUCUCUCCUCAGUCGAAUGACUACAUUUUCUAUACUUUGGGUCUCCCAAGACUGGGGCCCGGUCCCCUCAUUUUCCUUGUCUUCUGCAGAUGUCCCGAGUUUGACUCAAUGUGUCCUGGAAUUCUGGUUGGCCUCAUUGUUCCUAGAAACACAGCGGUUUCUGGUGAGAGACCGUGAAACCACUGUUAACCCGCACUCUUCGGGCAGAGCUGCAUGGGAGACAGAGACCAACACGCAGGGUUCGGUUGGUUUUUUUAAAGAAAACCAGGCACAGGGGGAGUGUCUUCGGGAGACACCGCAGCAGUACUGCUCGCAGGCAUCUUGCUGAAGCGUGACAGGCUGGGAGUGUGAAGACACAAAGACACAAAGACGCCUGUCUGCUGCGUUCUCUCCUCUGGGCCCAGGACCGGACCGAGUGCCCAUCACUUUCGCCUCCUCCCUCCUCCCUCCUCCCUCCUCCCAGAAAGCUGCUCCUUAGCGUUUAUUUCCAGCAUCAACUUUUCACUUCGAGUGAACCGGGAGCUGACGAGUUUGAUUGGGCACGACUGACUUGCUCUGUUGUGGUCAUUUACAGUCAUUUAGAGACGAUCAGCCUGCGUGUAACGAUCGGGCAGGCUCACGGGUUAAGAUGUGUUUAUCUCCCUUAAUGGCGUUUUCCGUCUCUUAAACAAAUUCUAGAUCCAUGAUACAAAUAAAAUGGGUUUUGGUUCUA